AUGGCCAACCAAUGCUCCGGUCAUGUGUUCGCCAUUGUGCAGGGCACCAACGGCAACAUCCUGACCUGGCGCUGCUCCGACUGCAACUCGGGUCCCUUUGUGGCCAUCUGGCGCUGCAAGAUCUGCGGCUACAACCGUCGUGCCCCUGCUCCUCCAGAGAUCGAAAAGACCGAGUCCAUCAGCACGGCGUCCCUCGUCGAUGUCGACGCUCCCUCAGUGCAGUCUGUUCACUCCGACUUCCGCGAGCAGGAAGUGAAGACCACCACGCAGGCUGAGCGGCUCGAGCGCGAGGCCGAAGAGGCCACCGCCCGCUCCAAGGCUGCUGCCAGCAAGAAAGCAACGGCCAAGGCCCAGGGCAUUAGCAAGAAUGCAGACAACCCGGUCUAUAUCGGAAACGCCGUCAUUGCUGCUGCCGUCGGUGCUGGCCUUGGUUACGGCGCGUACCGAAAGCACACUAAUGGCAAGCUUUCUUGGGAGGUUGCUGGUAUCUGGGCGGGCGCUGUUGGUCUUUUUGCCGGUGUUGACUACUUUGUUAGCAAGUAUGUUUUUUCUUCCUUCCUCUAUUCGCGAAGCGUGGACAGCAUGAAUUCGCUAUUUAACUCUGCUCUGAAGCAGUCCUCCUCGAUACGUCGCGAUCUUGACAUCUUUGCCGAGUCGCCUUCUACUACACCGCCCGCGCUACAGGGACAAAUAUCGGCUUCCCUCGCCUCGUUUUCGCGCACGAUAGACGACUACUCGGGCCUCGCAAAGAGCGAGCUCAUCCCAGAGAAAAAGGAAAAAGCGAUUGAACGAGAAAAGAAUUUCCGCACUGCGCUUUCGGACUACCGGCAACAGUUUGAGCGGCUGCGCAAAGAGCGAGAAGAAGCUGUAUCGGUCACGAAUCGCAGUGAGCUCUUCGGCCGCCGUCCACACAAUGCCACCACGCCAGAGAACCCCUAUGCCGACUCGGCGCUGCCCCGAUCCUCAGCAUUCGGCGCCGGAAACGCCUCGGGCUCGUCGGGCGGUGGACUGAGUUUUGGCGCAGGCCCAGGAAACACAGAUCGCGAGUCGCAUGCGUUGCGAGAACAGUCCUUUUUCACGCAGACAAACACUCAACUAGACGAGUUCCUAGACCGCGGACGUGCCGUGCUCAACGACCUCGGCCAGCAGCGGGAUAUGCUCAAGAACACUCAGCGCAGGCUGUACAGCGUUGGAAACACGCUCGGCAUCAGCGGCGAUACUAUUCGAAUGGUCGAGCGCCGGGCAAAGGAGGACAAGUGGAUAUUCUGGGGCGGAGUGGUGGUGUUCUUUUUGUUUUGCUGGCUCGUGCUGCACUUUCUCCGGUCAUAG